AGCUACAUGCUUCAGCAACACAUUGGCAUCAUUUGCCGUUGAUACAUGUGGUACCAACCCCAGAAUUAGAUCAUGACUCCAAGAAGACCAAUCUAAUGUCUUGAAUUGGAAUUUUGUGAUGGUAAAAUAUCAGUUGCUAUCAUGUGUUGUUGCGAAUCGGUUCGUUAAAAUUUUGUCGGUUCUUUUUCGGUGUUCUGUUGCAAAAGAGUUUAGGAAAUAGAACUAUGAUUUGACAAGUUAACAACUGAUCUGUUAAAAAAAUUGUUUAAUAUAUACAUAUGUAUCUCUAUGUGUACAUAUACUCGUACUUACGACGGCUCAUACCGAAACAUUCUUUAGAAUUACAUUUGUAUAGCGCCAAUCUUCGGUUGAGCCAAAAAGGCGUUCCAUAUCCUGUGCUAUCAAUUACAGCCUUCAAAAAAUAAAUAAAAAUAAAAACAUACAUAUCGUCUUAUAUACACACGAUAAGUUUAUGAACCAAUAACAGUAUUGAAACGAGCUAUUGACCAGCGAAGGCAGCCUUGCAUGUCCAUGCAUUCAUAAAUACAAACAUAUCAAAGAUAAAUAUUUUUUCGUGCAUUUACAAACUAUUUUGAUUUCCAAAGAAUUUACAGAUCGUAGAUACUUUUUAAUGAAAUCUGUUAAUUCGAGCAAUGAACAGGUUUCCCGAUUGACUUAAGCACAUACUUACAUGCCUCCUUACAUAAGGAUUUGCGAAAUAACAUUAAUUGAAAGAAAAUGGGCAGUUUACGUCCCACAAGCAUUUCUGACGCAGCAUUGUUGCAAAGGCUGGACAGUCUAAGCAGCAACAGUGAGCCAUCCUCACCGACGUACCAGGCGGAUGUGAUUUUGAAUACAGAUGCUCAUGCCCCGAAACUAUCAGUAAUAACUACGCCUACGAAACCACCGUCGCUUAGAGUCAAUAAUACUGAUUGUAAAAAUAAUAAGGACAACAAGUCAUUCAGCGGUUUUCCGAAUGGUGGCAUUGGAACGUUAAGCGAAACUAUAAAAGAAGCUGAAAUAAAUACUCGUAGUCAUAUUGGAGGACACAAAAUCUGUUGCCGUGUAGUUUCGGAUCUUAUUCUUCUUAUAUGCGUUGGACUACCAGUAUUGGCGUUUCGACUUUGGGGCGCUUCUAAGAAACGUGGAUUUUUCUGUGGCGAUAAAUCUUUAAAGCACCCAUUUGUUAAGAACACCGUUAGUAAUUGGAUGCUGUUUUUUAUGUGCUUAAUUGUUCCAAUAUCAAUCAUCAUAACAGUUGAGUUUUUCGUCUCCCACUACAACAUAACUCACGGCCUGAGUAAGGUGAAUCAUAUCCGAUAUUAUAUUGGGCGUUUAAAAAUAGCUGAUUGGAUUGUGGAGAGUUACAAAAAAAUUGGACUUUUGGUAUUCGGCUCUGGAGUGGGUCAGCUGAUAAUGGACAUAGCCAAGUAUUCAAUUGGACGAUUACGCCCACAUUUCUUUGCUGUAUGUCAACCAGUUAUGGCGGAUGGUAGCACUUGUGACGACACUUUCAAUGCUGGACGUUAUAUAGAAGAUUUCAUUUGCAUUGGAAAGGCCUCCCCACGCAUGUUUAAACAAAUGAGUCUUUCUUUCCCCAGUGCUCAUGCAAGUUUUGCCACAUUCACUAUGAUCUACAUGGCGAUAUAUUUACAAAAACGCAUGACUUGGGAGCGUUGCAAAAUGGUUAAGCAUUUUAUUCAAUUUACACUUCUCAUGUUCGCUUGGUUCACGGGAUUAACUCGCAUAUCCGAUUACCAACAUCAUACAACCGAUGUACUUGCCGGAUCAGCGAUCGGAGCUUUGUACGCUAUUGUGUUAACACAAACAAUGUGGUGAACAUCAGACUCCUUGAUGAAAUAAUUACAACACGUAUUAUCAUAUGUACAAACAUUUGUUAACCUAACGCAUAUAUUUUUUUGUAAUACCAUUUUCUUAUUAUUGAAAUAAAUUAAUAACAUCCAGUUAUUGGUUAUCGGUAA